AUGGCCUUACCAAUGUUCGGCAGUAUCGACUUUACCAAUUGGUUUCUUAAAAAGCUAGAGGAACAAGACGAGAGCUUUGGGGGAACGUUUUUGCACCUAGCUGUGAAACUGGGAAAUGAGGAACUCGUGAAGAAGAUAGUCGAGAUUCACCCUUCCCUAGUCAGUUCCACUAACACCAAAAGUGACACACCUCUCCAUUUGGCUGCGAGAUUGGGACACACAAGCAUCUUGCUGCUGAUGUUAGAGUCCACAGCGGAGUCCAUAGAAAGCCUAGAGGAGACAGUGCCGAAUGAUCUAAAACUUGCAGAAAUGGUGAAUAAAGAUGGUUUUACGCCUUUGCAUUGCGCGGUGAUGAAUGGCUCCGUCGAAACCCUGACUGCGUUUAUCAACAAAGCUCCCUUGUCUUUCGACUCAGUCACACUACAAACAAGCGAAACAGUUUUCCAUUUAGCUGCCAGACACAAAAAGAUGGAAGCCUUUAUUUUCAUGGCCAAGAAUGCCAACCUAAGAAGACUUCUCUACGAGCUGGAUGGAGAGGGCAAUACUGUGCUUCAUGCUGCCGCCUCUGUAGGCUUUCUCUCCCUGGUAAGUUACAUAGUUCAUGAAAUAAAAAUAGAAGUCACCACCCAGAACGAUAAAGGUUUUGAAGCUGUUGAUCUUCUCAAUAAAGAUGAUGAAGAUUUCAAAAUGAUGUCUAUGAUUUUGGGGCAUGAUUCAGAAAUAGUUCAACGCGCUGCUUCAAGUCCACGAGAUGCUUAUACACCUUCAACACAAACCGAGGUGGAAAAUUCCGAAAUCCACCAUGAACAAGGACUAGUAGCUCCUGAAAUAAAAGAAGAGAACGUCACCAACGAGAACAAUAAAGUUUUUGAAGCGAUUGAUCUUCCUACCAAAGAAGAUGGAGAUUUAAAAAUGCUUGCUGGGACUGAUUCAGAAACAUUUCAACUCCCUUCAAGUCGGACAGGAAUUUUAACACCUGAAACAGAAACCGAGAUGGUAAUAUCAAAUACCCUCCAUGGCAUAAGACAUGGUCUUCGAGAGAGUCGCAUCAAGGAAAAAGAGAUGCAGUCCGAGGCUUUGCAAAACGCAAGGAAUACAAUUACGGUUGUCGCAGUCUUGAUUGCAUCAGUUACUUUCACUUGUGGGUUGAACCCGCCUGGUGGAGUCUAUCAGGAUGGACACUUCAUAGGGAAAGCAACCGCGGGGGGAACGGUGGCUUUCAAGGUCUUCUCGGUAAGCAAUAGCAUCGCGUUGUUUACAUCACUAUGUAUCGUCAUUCUUCUGCUCAGCAUUAUACCAUUUAGGACGAAAUCACUCAAGACAUUCUUGAUUAUAACACAUAAGAUGAUUUGGCUGGCUGUUAUAGCCAUGGCAAGUGCUUAUGUCGCUGGUACAUGUGUCACUUUACCCCAUUCUAGAGGAAACAAAUGGGUACUCAAAGCCACUCUGGUUAUUGCUUGUGUCAUGCUAGGAGGUAUGUUUAUUUUUCUAUGGUUUAAGCUGGCCAACCAUAUGUCAAGGAAGAAGAAGAUGAGAAAAAAUAUGAUGUCCAGGAUAGAAACCCUGAAUAAGGCAGCUGCUUUCGUGGAUGGCUAUUACAGCUAUUAA